GCCAUCGCAGUUUUCCCCGUGACCCUCGAUUUUGCCAUAAGCUUUCUUAAGCCCCUCGCCGCCAGCAAGCAGAGCAGCGCCAUCAGAGAGACAUUGGAAACCUUCAAUUUUCUUCAGCAUGUUGUGGGGAUGAAGGUGGAGCCUGGCAUCUCUGCCAACCCGUGGAUCAAGGGUGCUGUGCGAGGGGCCAACAUAAGGACGUCGGACCCCCGCAGGUCGAGGGUCCUCACAACGUCCGAGGUGCUUCUCCUUGAGACAGCCCUCAUCGAAGGGCAUCAUGACCGUGUGGAUCGGUGUGCCAUCGGUGCUUUCUUGUUUCAGCUCUAUGCGAGGGCGAGGGUCUCAGAUCUUCGCAACAUUUCCAAGCUAGAACUUGACCUGAACGACGGUUCCGGCUUCAUCGAGGUUCGCACUUACGAGCACAAGAAUUCUAGGCUUGGCAGCGGAGCUGGAGCUGUACUGAUUUUGGUUGCGCCAUAUCAUGGGCUUCACGUCCAACCAUGGGGGCAAGCGUGGGUGCAGGCUGCCGCGGCCGUGGGUUUCGCCUUUGAUAAAGGGCAUCGGGGGCCGAUCCUCCCGAGGCUGUCGAGCGACUACAGUUGGAGUGGAGAUGCGACCGAUGCCAACGAGACCACUCGAUGGUGUCGUGGGAUUCUUGCCCAGCUCACCGGGGGUCCCAUCGAUGAGACUUUCUCGAGUCACGGCCUGAAGGCUACCCCUCUCAGCUGGACAUCGAAAGCGGGAUACCCAGAGCGCACCCAGCUGAUUCUAGGGCAUCAUUCGCUGGGGGCCACAGGAAAGACUCAGGAGUCCUAUGCCCGUGAAGUCCAGGCGCAGCCGCUACGCGACCUGGUAGAGUGCAUCGCUGCAAUCCGGCGGGGUCUGUUCCACCCAGACCGGACGCGCAGCGGUAUGGUGACUCAAGGCGCUCUGGGAUCUCAUUUCAAGUUCGGUGGGACUGGUGCACACGACUUCGUGUGUGCUCCUCCCUCUGACUCAGCCCAGUCUAGUGCAGUUGAGCCCGCACCGGCAGAGGCCCCGCAGAGUUCCCCGCGUGAGGAAGCGGGGUCGCCCACCAAGGAUGGGGAAGCUUCUUCGGGAUGCCCGGAUGACGCGGCUGAGCCUCAGAGCGAAGAGUCUGAGAGUUCAGGGGAUUCCGAAGGGGACAUCGUCUAUGAAAAUUUUGGCAAAGGGAUCGCGCAGGAUGUGAUCCCUGAGGUGAAUAUGGGCCCAGAUCUUGAAAUCUUCCAAAACCCGAAAACCAAGAGCUUGCAUGCGCGAGCGAAGGGCUCGACUGGGAAGCUGAUCUGUGGCCGAUCACUUGACAGCAUGAAGACCUUUCAAGGAAAGAUCUUCAGUCACCGUUGGAUGUGCAAACAAUGCAUUGCAGGGCGUCCUGUGCGAGACAUAGGAGCCCUUAACUCUUUCCUGGCUAAGAAGCAGGGAAGGUCGGUCCAGUGGAACCGGGCAUCCCUGGUGAAUGGCACCAGGGCCGUUGAGCUGACAGUCGUGGGCAAGGACUGCGGCACCAUGGCACAGACUUUGGUUGAAUCCAAAGCCGUUUUCCUUGAGCGUGCGAGCCGGGUCGGGUUCCCCGAUGAGGCUGUCCGAAGGCUUGUGGAUCAGGGCAUCGACACGAUGUCGAAGCUUGCGUUCGCUCCGUGUCAGCCAGGCGAGACCCCGUCUGAGGAGUCGUUGACUGGUCUGAUUCAUACCGAAGGAGCGGAACCGUCAAGGGGCUCGAUUGCGGCCGUUCGCCAUUUGGUUUUUGAAGCACAGACAUUAGUUGUGAGCCAGACCAAAGCCCUGGUCGAAAACCGGGAAGCAGAAACCAAAGAUCUUGCGCCGGCUGAGCGCAGGGAGAGGAUAAGGACCCAAUCGCAACGAUUGGCAGGCAUCACCAUGUCCGGUCAGAGUGAGUGCAGUUUCGCAUCAUACGACUUAUGUAUGAAAUUGAUCACCGAGAACUGUGUUUCUUACCUGGCGCCGUCGAAAUUCAUCGCGCGCGAGGCUGAGCUGCGUGCUGACAAACCUCGCAAAGAGCUGGACCUCCAGCACUCGACUCUCAUCGUCAAAGAGAGAGUCCAGGCCUUUGUGGAUUUUCUCAUGGCACAUCUGCAUCAGGAGCCUGCCGCUGGCAGUCGUGCUACUACAGUCCAACAGAUCCUGUUGGCCGACCGGGCUGCCUGGCUUCGCCUCUCAGAGCUCACGCCCGAUGGGAUCAGGCGCGAUGAAGCCGGCCGGCUUCCGCUUGACCCGCUGUGGAAACGCCUCGAGACAGACCCAAAGGUCAUCUUUCACCUUCUUCCCCGUGAAGGUAGCACCACUAGUCCCGCUAAGCGUUCCAGUGAGCAUCUGGGGGAUUCCGAGACCCCCUCACCAGGCAAGAAGCAGCGCAAAGGUAAGGGUAAAGGCAAAACUAAGACCCACAAGGAGCCUGCCAACCUGCCCGAGGAUGCCAUGGAUGCCGCCGGAGUGGCCUUGGAGGCUGCCCCCGCCCCUGCGUCUGCCGCACCCCCCCCUGGCACAGGUCAGCAGCUGUCCAGCUUUUUCUGUGUUGAAGUUUUCGCGGGCUCGGGCAGGCUUUCCGCAGAGUUGAAAUCUUCAGGUUUUCGAGAUAGUGUUGGGGUCGAUCACGUCGUUCCCAAGCACAUUGUCUCCCCGAUUGUCAAGCUUGAUCUUCUGGAGCCGGCUUCUGUACAGAUGCUCUUUGACAUGAUCGAUUCUCCGUUUUGCAUAUAUGUGCACCUAGCGCCACCCUGUGGCACGGCCAGCCGGGCUCGUGAGAUACCUGGCCAGUGCAUGCCUCAGCCCGCCCGUUCCGAAGCACACCCCGACGGGCUACCCACCCUGCAAGGCUCCCUUCUUGACCGAGUGCGCAAAGCCAACCAAUUGUAUGGUCUAGCCGGUCGCAUUUUUGCCCACUGCAUGCGCGCAGGCAAGCUGGUUUCAUGCGAGAACCCAGCCAACUCGCACUUCUGGAACACAUCCUUCUGGUGCCAGGAGACUGAUCAGCUGCCUUGGCAUGAUACGGUUUUCCACCAUUGCCAACACGGUGGUCAGCGUGCCAAACUCACCCGCCUGCGCCACAACAUCCCGUUGAUGUCUGAGCUCGCCCUUCUUUGCCCGGGCGAGUCUUCUGAGCAUCGCCAUCUCCCCUGGACUCGCGGCCCUCAAGGUUUUGCCACUGCCGACGAGAAGGUCUACCCGCUGGUGUUGUGCCGCCGCAUGGCCGACAUUGUUCGGCGAUCUGCCGCUGCCCUUGGCAUUCAAUUGCCCCCGCUUGCUCUGGAACCCGGCGCCUCCUCUCCUGCCCAUGAGGCGCAAGCUGCCGCUGGUCACCAGCCUGCUGGCAAGAAGCUGCCGCCCCUUGUACCCGAGUUCCGCCAGGUUCUCGUGCUUCAGUCCCCUCGCCCUCUUCUUGUGGGCGUGCGCAAACUUGACACAACCUUCGACAUCCCAACGGAUGUCUCCUGCACUUCGGCUGUUAAGACCUUGCCUGCCGGUACCCGUGUCCUCAGGCACAGCGUCGUGGGGCAUCCCGGUGCCGCUGAGGACCCGUGCCCUGAUGUCGGACCGAGCCAUGACCCUCCUGAGAUGGGGCCCGAGGAAUUUUCGCACUACGGCCUGCAACUCGGCACUACUGCUACCGACUCCUCCUGGCGUGAGAGCAUAAGCCACUUGUGUGAUCUCCUCCGAUCCGACCCCUUGGCCAGAGGAGGAUUGGGCUGUGACGAGUUCUCUUGGACGUGCGGGGCCUACACGCACGCCAAUGUUGUGGGCCUCCGGAAGAACACUGCCUCGCACCCCAACGUGUGCAGGUUCCUGUGCGAGUAUGUUCGGAGGGUCGCGCCCGGCCACCCGUUCACAUCCAUCAUGCUAGGCAGAAACCUUCAGGGUGAUGUUCACAUCGACAAGAACAAUGCCGUGGGGCUGCCCAAUGCUGUGCUCAAGAUAUCCGCCUUCAACAAAGGAGGCAUCUGGAUAGAGAGUCCGGGAGGGACAGUCAAGUGCCCUUCCCCCAAUCAUCCCGAUGCCCUGGGAGAGGUCAUCGACUUUUGCGAUAACAGAAUUUUCUUCAGUCCAGACUGUAGGCACUGCCAAGCCCCGUGGGAAGGGGGACCUCGAAUAGUGUUGGUUGCCUAUACCAUCCGCAACUUCGAGAAGUUGGGGACGGAACACGUGGGUCGCCUUUCGGAGCUUGGUUUCUGUUUGCCUGCUACUGAAGCGCCGGCCUCCGCGAGCAACGUGGGUUUCCCAGUGCACACAACCACUCCUGUCCCUACCCCUUCGGGUCUAGGUCCUCCCUCUUGCCCUAAGGAUCCGCUUGGCAAGGAGUCGGACAGGUUCCAUAGGGUGGUGGUAGGCAUCCCGUGGACCCCCGAGGAGUUCAUAGACCGAGCAGUCCAGGCCAAACACCCCAGGCACAUCCUGGAUGGAAUCCCGGAAGAGACCAAACGCGCCGUGGAUCAACUAGCGGGUCUCUCCCUCGGCGAGAUCGGGGCCCAUCGCACCGAGGCUCUCAGGAAGUGGAUUGGCCGUGCUCGAGAGCUCGAAGGGCAGGAGGAAGCGAACCGUGAGACCAUGCCCCAACAUUGUGCCGAGGUGCUGGGUCGGAAGCGCCUGGUUCUCUUCGAGGAGAUGCUGGGCGAAUGCGGCCACGAGGACGUCUCGAUUGCACGGGACAUCAGCCAGGGUUUUGAUCUCAGCGGCGCCAUCCCUAGGAACCCAGCUUUCCGCGCAAAGCGCUCGACGGCUUCUCUUCCCGAGUCUGAGUUGCGCCGCCAUGCAGCAGUGACACGGGAGGCAACUCUCCUGGCCACCAAGAGUUCGGGUGACCUGGAGCUUGACCUCGCUCUCUGGGAGGCUACUCAGAAGGAGGUAGAUCGGGGGUGGUUGCGUGGACCGGUCAACCCCCGGUCCCUAGACCCGGGGGCGGUCAUCUCGCGGCGUUUUGGGAUAUGGCAAGGAGACAAAUGCACUUCGGGGGUCAAUGCUACCACGUCAGCGGAGGACUCGGUUACCGUUCAUUCGGCGGACACCAUCGCCGCAUCCAUCGCCUACAGGCUGAAGGUGGACGACAAAUGCCGGCGGUACGGUGGGCUCGAGAUGAAAUCUUAUGACCUUCACAAGGCCUACAAGAAUCUCCCUUUGAGUACCGAGGCGGUAGAAAUCGCUUAUCUGUCGGUGUACAACCCUCACAAGAAGACUGCUGAAGUCUUUGAGCAGUGCGUGCUGCCCUUCGGGGCGCGCGCAUCUGUGCACUCAUUUUGCAGGACAUCGCUUGGGAUAUGGAAUGCAGGGGUCCAGAUUUUACUCCUGACUUGGUCGGUAUAUUAUGAUGACUUUGUGAGUUGCGAGGUCCCGCCACUCACGAGGAUUUCCGACUUGUGCGCGGAGUCUCUGUUCCGCCUGCUGCAGUGGGACACGUCGCCGGACAAGCCCACAACCUUCGGAAGCAUCGCCAAGGUCCUGGGCCUAGAGUUCGAUUUGGGCGACACGCGCCUUGGACGGUUCUACAUGCGGAACACGGCCAGCAGGCGUGAUGAACUCCGCGGCAACAUUAGCAGUAUCCUCGAGCAAGGGAGCCUACCAAGGAAGGAGUGCGAGAGACUUCGGGGAAGGCUUCAGUUUGCAUCCAACCAGAUUGCGGGAAAGAGGGCCGGCAGGGCCUUCAAAGCUUUGACGAAGCAUCUUGUCAGCAACCGAUCGGCGGUGGGUGAUGACUUAAGAAUCGCCUUGCUUUUCCUGCGUGACUCUUUUCUGGACGGACCACCGAGAUCCUUGAAUGCAAACAUCCUUCACGUUUGGCACGUCUAUGUGGACGCUUCGUGUGACGACAACAAGGUCGGCUUGGGAGGCGUACUUGUAUCAGAGCAAGGAUCCAAGGUUGCAUACUUCAGCGAGUGGGCUGCCGACGAGAUGAAGGCUAUCGUCGCUCCUACUAGCAAGAAUCCGAUCUUCGAGUUCGAGUGCCUCGCCGUCUUGCUUGCUAUCAGAACGUGGUCGGGCUUGAUCAGUGGCUGCAAUUUGGUAAUCUUCUCCGACAACGAGGGAACGAAAGCCUGUCUUGUCAAGGGGUCAUCCGACAACGAGGUGGGCAUGGCCAUCGUCGAUAGCGUCCAUAGAUCACUAGACGAGAUGGGUUGCAACGCUUGGUUCGAAAGGGUGAACACCGCUUCGAACAUCUCGGACGGACCAUCGAGGGGUGAACAGUCAGAAAGCCUGGGAGUACGUUUCGUGACAGAUGCAACUUCAGUCGCGCGAUCAGCGCUGGUUCCUUGGGGUAGCGUCAACGCAUGA